GAUUAGGACGUGUGGUAGCUUGCGCAUGUUACAGUUACGACGACGCGCUACAUCUACAACAGCCGACAUGGAGUUUUCAACACAACGAAUGAGUUUAUUUUGGAUGGUGGGAUUAUGUUUAUUAUUAUCGAAGACUGAAAUGGUAACAGCUCAAAGUAAACGGUCCUCACGAAUCACAAGUUCCCGAAGUUUUGGUACAAAUGUUAAGCCAACUAGCUCCAGUGGAAUCAGCUUUGACUGUCCAGAGGAAUUCGGCUAUUACCCACACCCAACGGAUUGCACACAAUACUAUGUUUGUGUUUUUGGUGGUGCUCUACUUGAGAGUUGCACUGGUGGUUUGAUGUACUCACACGAGCUUCAAACGUGCGACUGGCCACGAAACGUGGGCUGUGAGGUGGUGGACACCUCUACUGAGCGCGGCCCCGCUCACGCUCAGACACAACAACAUGUUCCCAGUCGAGUCCGCUUUGGGGCAGCUUUUUCAAGUCCAGCCGCCUCUCCGUCCUCAAAAGCACCUACAGUUCCGCCCCAAUAUCACCGCUCCCCACCGCAAAUCAUACAAGCACAAGUAGAGCAUAUACCUCCACCACCGGAGCUUCGGGUACCACCCAAUCCAGUCGUAACAUCGAGAGGACAGCCGAAAUUAGUAGACUCACAGGAAGAUAUUGCAAAGUUAUACGCUGAGGCACAAGAGACGCUUCCGCCGCUUGAGGAAGAGGAGAGUGAUCGCCAGCAGCGUGUCUACCGCGGUCAGCCGAGUACCGUCAAUCAGGUUCAGCGAGAUCGAGAUGGCAUUUUACAGCAAGCUAGUUUAAACGCCAUACCUCAAUCGGGAAAGAUUGGCUCAUACGCCUUUGGAACUGCAUAUCGCGAAAGCUUAAACGAUGACGUGACAAAUAAACUCGAACUUUCCCACAAUCGACUACGUAAACGACGUGAUAUUAGUAGUCCAUCAGAAGAAAGGACUACACCCAGAAACAUGAACCAAACUGCAGAAACGUUUAGUAGUUCAAACUCUUCCCGAGAGUUAAUAUAUUCUGAUAAUUCAAUAAAAUCCUCGAUUCAGGACGAAGAUGAAUAUAACAAGCCUGUGACCAUUGAAAUAAAGACAAUAAAAUUCUCUUCGAAAAUCGCGAAAACCGAUGUCAGCAAUAAUAGAGCAAUGGAAUUUAAGUAUGUAGAUUCGGAAGAGGACAAAGACGUGGAAGAGGAUGCGGCCAGCAUGGAGGGAGAUGUGGCCACGGGUGAGUCCAAACGGCAACCCCGCCAAUUACGAUACCCGGCGCAUGAGUCUGUAAAUUGGCCAGGGCAACAGCCAGGAAAUCACUACCGCUCGGUAGAUCCACAAUCAUAUCCCCAGCAAAAUGCUUUUAGCUUUGGAAAUUUCAAUCCGUAUCUUACACCGCCCAGCAAUACUCAUAACUAUAAUCAACAAAAUCCCGCCUAUCAAGGAUACCCUCACCAACAAAUUCCAUCAUUGUAUCAAAAGCCCAAAUUAGUAUAUACGGGAUACAAUCUCUCUUUACCACCGCCACCCUUAGAAGACGAUUUUCGACCAAUUGCAGGAAACUACUAUGGUGCUGCGAGCUUAGUUUCUAGCACUCCAAGAACACCCACAUUGCAAGGAAACAGAGGAGAUCUGCUGCCCUAUCUCAUACAACAAUUAAAGGAGUUAAAAGAACGACGCAAGCACUUACAAACAGAAAAUUUUGCGUACUUUCAUCUGGAUAAUCAACGAGUAGCUCCAAAACCUGCUACAACAGCGCAAACACCUUUCGACUUUUAUCCAUCAACAUCGCACCCAAAUAAUCAAGCCCAUUUCAGCACAAUGGGUGGUUUUUAUAAUAAUCAAGCUGGUAAACUGAUCUCCCACUACAGUAUCGGAACAUCUGCUGAACAAAAAAGCACAACAGAAAGCAACUACUUCCAGUAUAAUAUUAUAGCCAACCAAAAGAUGAAGGGCGUAUACACAACGUCAGCACCAAAUCAAAUAGAACACGUUCCAGUCAAGGUGCGACCACCGGUCACACCGUUGCAAGUAACGCCAAAUAUAAAUAUUGUCUCGGCUCCGAACUUGGCCUAUAAAAAGCCUAAUACGUUGCAGCAGGUACCUUUCCGAGAAUUUUCACACCUACCGGUGGGCAUCACUUACGCAAACAAUAUUACCUUGCCCGAAUCCUAUCAGACUUUCACAAAGUCGAUCAGUUCUACAGCGAUUCCCACAUCUCCAUCGACUACCUCAAAGCCUUUGACAGCAAAUUUUCAAUUCAACAUAAAUGAGUUUAUGAAAAACUUAAAAGCCAGCGAUAUUGCCAGUGUAAAUCCUGCAAUCAAUCCGCUUAUUAGGUAUUUUAAGCAAGUAAGCAGCGAUGGAAAUAACAAUGUUAAAAAUGCAUUAGUAAUUCGUCGGCCACUUACCAACAGCACUAAAUCAAGCCCACAGCCACAACGGGUAACAUCGAAACCCAUACCAAUUGGGUCUACAUCAGCAACUCCAUUAAAAGCAAAGCCAAAGCCCACCGUGGCUACUUCCAGCACACCAACAACAACGCAAGCAUUGAAGGGCUAUGAAAGCUUUAUAAAGGGCAUUCAAAAGCAAAUUGAUAUACAGAAUACCAGAUCAACGGCUCUGACACCAACAACAUUUAAAACUACUUCAACAGAAAUCAACUCAAGCACAUUGAAAAAUAUUGACUACUACGAUGAGGACUAUGAGGAAGACAUAGAAAUAUUGCCCCCAUCGAAAAUGCCGCCCUAUAUGCCCAUGUCGGAGACUAUGGCGCCACCACGUCAGCAACUCCCCACAGCAACACCAACACUUGUAAAACCCGAAGUUUCGCAUACCAAUUUUCAAACAGGCUUCAUGGAAGCUACAACAACAAGGCGCCCUUUCCAUAACUUUUCACGAUUAAAAAACUCAAGUUCUGGAAUUGGUGUGCCUCCCAUUAUUACCUUCCCCAGUGACAUAUUCCAGGAACUUAAACAUCGGCUACCUUUACUACAUGAGUCGACUUCGUCUACCUCAAUAUCUGAGAAUAAUAGACAGACUUUUAACGCAACAAUAACAAGUACGACGGCUGCUCCGAUUCGUGGGCGUUACACCGUACGGCCGCAAAGGCAGCGCGGGCAGCAAAAAUGGACAGUUACUCCUUCAGUUGACCCCAUAAUAGACAACACAACAGAACGAUUGAAGACCGAAAGUAACUCAUUGCAAGGAAAUGGGAAGCAAAGCAGCUUAGGCGGUCUACAAUUAAACUCAAUCCAUGUCAACUUGAGUUCCGAAAGACACAGAGUUGAAUCAUCUUCACCGUCAUCGGGACUUGGGACGCCAACAUCUGCUAAUAUUUUUGUACAGCCAACGCCACAAGGCCAGGUGGCUCUGUUGGCAUCUAACCGUAAUAGCUACAAUGCCUCAUCAACCAUAUAUAAUCAAGGGAGCGGCUACCAGUUACAACAGUCCCAACAACAGCAGCCAACACCAUUUCAACAACCUCAACAACAGAAACAACAUCAACCAGAACAGCAAGCACAAUCAGUCCCAAAUCCCUAUGAUCCAUCAUAUUAUUCUGUUUAUGACGACGACAUUGAUUUAUACAGGGACAUUGAGUAUCAACAACAGCAGCAGCAGCAGCAGCAGCAGCAGCAGAAAGAACAACGGCCCCCACCCUCAGCCUAUCAGACCGCUCUACGCCCGCAGCCAUCACAAUCAACGUAUCGUCCGUUGGAACAAUUUGCAUCACCGACGCCAUCGCAAAAACCGUCUUAUAACAACGAGCCCACCUUGAGAUAUAGUACGGACUACGAUGAGGACGUUAAUGCUCAGAUCGAACAUGAAAAUGCCUAUGACCAGCCAACGCGUACGCCCCAGAGACCGAAACAGGUGACUAUACAGAGAUUAGAAGCGCGCACCACGCCCACAACAACACGUCCAGAUUAUGAUGCUCGUAAUUACUACAGUACUCUAACUACUCCAAGUCCAUCAGCGGAAUUUGAGGAAGCUGAUUAUAGCUACUCUAGCUCUGCGGAAUACAUAUACGGCUUGUCUGAGGACUAUUUGCAAAGCGAGCGUACUCCAGUUAAAAAGAAACCUUCCUUGGACACGGAUAACGAUAAUUUAAUUGCCAACAUAGUAGAUUCUACAAACAAGUUAAACACGACUCCACCCACAUUUACACAAUCAACGUCAGUAGCAAGCAGCAGUACGACAAAGAGUUCUAUCGCCCCACCAACUGUUAAGGUUACACGUCCCCCUUCAAAAACAACAACCCCGACACCACCACCACCGACAUCAACAUCCAAAUUAUCAAGCUCAAAAACGCAUGAAAAAAAAAAUUAUAGUGGUAUAAACAAAUUUAAGUCAAGCAACGUCCCUGGACCCAGUACAUCAAAUACUACAGUACAACCAAAACACAAUACACCAACUUCUAUUCCCACUAGCUAUAACACCAAUCCCUUUCUUAAAUCAAAACUGCAAACUUUAGCCAAGUCGUUGGUCAGCUUUGUGGCAAGCAACCAAAGUAGGGCCGAAAUUGUAAACUCGUCCUCAGUCUUACCCUUAACAAACAAACAAUUGGUCAAAACAGUUAACAACAUAAACGCGAGUAGAAUUGAAAAUAUUGAGACGAUAUCGGAUGAAAGUCAAUUUGUGCAUAUACAGACAGCGGAAGCUCCCACUAGCCGGAGUCGUUCAUUCGAAACGAGCACGUCUCCUAGGUUUUUGGACUUUAUCAAUGCGGCAGCAUAUGGCACCAGUCCCAAAGGAAACCUUGUGAAAGGUCCUUCUGAAAACUUGGAAUAUGCCAACAAGAAUGUCCUAAAGUAUGCAAAUUCAAGCGAAUUAAUUCCGGCGGUUAAGCCUGGUAGGCGAAUACAAAACUUCGUGCAGUCUGAUAUAGCUCCGCAAAGCUUCAAAGUGCCGAAAGAUAGAAGUACACCGGAUGAAAUAAUAGACGGUUCGAGCACCACGAGAACUAAUAAUGACUAUCCUGGAAUAUACACAGGAUACAGGCUAAACGUUGAACAACCAGAGAAAGAAAAUGGAUUAUUGUCUGACUAUAAUGAAGUUACAUUAACACCAGCACCUCCUAUUUCAACAACUAUUGAUUCGGUAACUUUUGUAAAUAUCGUCCCCACGACAUAUGCACCACCAUUACGAAUUUGGCGCAAUGGACGACCAACAAUUCAACAGCAAACUAUUAAGUCUACAACUCCUAUAACAGUCGCAACCACUCCAGAAAGGUUCAGUGUUACUACAAAACCCUCAGUUUUUACUGCACGUGUCAGCAAUUUCAAAGAUACUCUUAAUCGAGUUACUGCCAAUCCCUCAAUGCGUUUCGUGUCGCCUUACAAAAGUUUGGAAAAUUUGCUACAUGAAGAACGCCAAAGUCCUCACAGAUCCCGAUAUAUGAUAACUCAUGGUUCUGCAUCUGUUCCUUUAAUGCAGACUACACACAAGCCCUUGAAAAGCUUCUCAACGAUUGCAGGAGUCCCUCGUAAUUUCAGCGUCAGUGAUUUAAUUCUCAGCACCAUUAGACCUCAAACCACUACACAAACUGUCCCACGGAGCACAGCGCCUUUAAAUCUCACGCUAUCCUUGACAUCGAUUCAAGAACCGCAGCCACAGGCUAACCAACGUGGCCGUUCACGCUUUACAGCCGCUACUUUUGAUAGCAUAGACGAACCCACAACAUAUGCCCCAAAGUUUAAGCCUACCAAUAAUUUUGUACUGUCCAGCCCAACAGUUAAUUUGCAUCCAAAGCGCAAGGCGCAACGUAUACGAGUAAUAAACAAUAAACGGCUAUUAAAGGCCACGGCACCAUCAAAACCAGAAAAAAGGUUUGAAAUUAAGCCAUCAUCAGAAAAUGAAGCUACUAUUGACAACGAUGCCCCCCGAGCAGAAGCAUUGGUCGCCGAUAGAUCCCUUGAAGCGAAACAGGACAACAGCAUAGAACUGAGCACUGCCGCCGACGAUGCAUCGAGUUCCACAGAACAAAGUGCAGACAUUGGCGAUAGAUCGUCAGUCAAGUUCCUUUACUCAAACAAGUAUCGUCAGCAAAUGGCAGAGCGCACAUUGGCAGACAGUUUACAGAAUGCAGGCUAUAUAACUGCAGUAAGCGGCAGGAAUCAUAAAUUCCGAACUGCCAAUGUGUUAGAACAACUCCAACAGUUUCUUUCUGGAAGCGGAAGUGAUAGCAAUGAGAGUGGCUCAUCUCAAUUUGUCAAUGAAUUUUCCGUACCAGAAAUACGUGCGGCUGUUGAUGAAAUUAAGCAACUUUACAUACCAACGACCACGACUACGUUGCGCCCUUCGACAUUUUCUCCUUCCCCCUCUCAACCUUCCAGAUCUUCCUCCAAAUUAAUCCCCAAUCAAUCUAAAACUCACUUCACUUCCUCCACUUUGAACGUCUUAGUUACAGAUCCUAUUCCUACUCCAACUAGCACUUUAAGCACUUCUAAUAUUACAACUGUCAAAAUUCCCCCAAUUAUAACAACGACAACAAUUUCAACAACAAUUAUCCCAAAUGUGUUUGCACCUGCCACAACUCGCGCUUCGAGGGUGAAUAACGUAAUAAAGUCGUCAAUUGCCGCUGCUGCCGUCCAUCCGUCUAGUUCGCUCCCAACUACCUUAUCUAGUAACCAACUACAAAAGCCUGCAGUUCGAGCUAAUAAAUUUCAAUAUGGUUUUCCAACUACCAACAAUAAUAACUAUCAACUUUCGAACAACAACAACCACAACAAAAAUGUCGCUCCUACCUCUGCGAAUGCUGCUGCGUCUGCUUCAGUGAAGUGUUCUGAUAGCAUACUGAGCCCGAAAUGCAACGAAAUUCCCUCAAGAAAUAGCAAUAGAAACAGAGGUAGCUCCACAUACAGUCAGGAUCGUGAUGCAGUGCCCGUGUCUACACCGAAUCGAGGAACACAUCCACCGAGAACACGUCCAACGCUAAAGCCAUCUGGAACAAUUGUAUCUAAAGCUCAAGAGUUUGUGGAUAUAUAUAGAUAUCCGCCGACGCGACCAGAUCCUCUUUAUCCACAGCCCACACCCGAUAAAACGGCAGCCAAAUGUAGAAAGGAUGUAUGCCUACUCCCAGAUUGUUACUGCGGAGGCAAGGAUAUACCUGGCGAACUACCAGUGGACAAAAUACCACAGAUUGUCCUUUUGACUUUUGACGAUUCCGUAAAUGAUUUGAAUAAACAAUUGUACACGGAUUUAUUUGAGAAGGGACGUGUUAAUCCAAACGGCUGUCCCAUAACAGCUACGUUUUAUGUUUCCCACGAGUGGACCGAUUACAGUCAGGUUCAAAACCUGUACUCCGAUGGACAUGAAAUGGCGUCGCAUACAGUCUCGCAUAGCUUUGGUGAGCAGUUCUCUCAAAAAAAAUGGACCCGUGAAAUUGCCGGUCAGAGAGAAAUUUUGGCAGCCUAUGGUGGGGUUAAAUUGGCAGAUGUAAGGGGCAUGCGAGCUCCGUUUCUCUCGGUUGGGGGUAACAAGAUGUAUAAAAUGCUUUACGACUCAAACUUCACUUACGACUCUUCGAUGCCUGUGUAUGAGAAUCGACCUCCAUCCUGGCCAUACACCCUGGACUACAAAAUCUUUCAUGAUUGCAUGAUUCCACCCUGCCCAACACGAAGCUAUCCAGGUGUUUGGCAAGUGCCUAUGGUAAUGUGGCAAGAUUUAAAUGGAGGCCGUUGCUCAAUGGGGGAUGCUUGCUCUAAUCCAAGUGAUGCUGAUGGUGUUACCAAAAUGAUUAUGAAAAAUUUUGAGCGCCAUUACACAACCAACAGAGCCCCCUUUGGAUUAUUUUACCAUGCCGCAUGGUUUACUCAACCGCAUCACAAGGAAGGAUUUAUUAAAUUCCUUGACGCCAUUAACGCAAUGCCUGAUGUUUGGAUAAUCACCAACUGGCAAGCACUACAAUGGGUUCGAGAUCCGACACCUACGUCACGUAUUAAUUCGUUUCAACCAUUCCAAUGCGAUUACUCGGAUCGUCCAAAACGCUGCAACAAUCCAAAAGUAUGCAACCUUUGGCACAAGUCAGGAGUACGUUAUAUGAAAACAUGCCAGCCGUGCCCUGAUAUUUAUCCGUGGACUGGUAAAUCAGGUAUACGAUCAUCUCGGAUUGACAAUGAUGUCGAGGAAACGGCUGCAUAAAAUUGUCAUUUUAUAAUGGGAUAAGCACAGAGUGUAACCCUUGUCGGACAUAUAGUCCGCAAUCUUAGACAUCAAUAUAUUAUCACUAGCUCAAAAUGCAUUAUUCACUCGUACCCACGAAUAAACCUAUAAUUAAAUAAUUUAAAUGUUAAACGAAUCAUCAAUAUAAUUUAGGUAAUUUUUGGUCCAUGUUACUUGAAAUUAUUUAUCAAUCUAGUUCUCAUGCAUACAUUUCUCACCCCUUAUAUUCCGAAAGUUUGCUUAUUAUGUGAAACCCAUGUGUAACUGCAAAUUUACCGUCGGAAUAUGUAUUUUUGUGUAAGUAAAUUAGGGUCAACGGUCGUAUAUGUUAAUGUUAAAUGUUAAUCAAACCAGUCCCACUUGUAAAUCAAAAUGUGCAAUUUCACAUGCAUAGAUACAAACAUAUGUGAACAUGUUGAUUAAAUACACUUUUUGUAUUCAUGUAUGUAUAUACAUAUAUAAGAUAGCUUCAUUAUA